GGUCCCAAUAUAAGCAGCUGCUUGCAGAGUUUCUGUCUCUCCCAGCCGAUCAGCAACUCUUGCCUUUCCUUCUCCACUCCUUGGUCACGAACAGACAAACGCCUACCAAACACCAUGCCUGCCGACUUCAGCGGAAAGUGGGUUUCCGGCAAGUCCGAGGGCUGGGACGUCUUCCUGUCCAAGUUCGGCAUCCCCGUCGACAAGAUCCCGACCGACAUCAAGGUGACGGAGGAAAUCAGCCAGAGUGGUGACAAGAUCAACAUCAAGACCACCAACAACAAGGACGACAACGUCAAGGAGGUGACCAUCAACGUGGGCAGCAACCACAAGGGCAUGGUGGCGCCGGGCGUGGAGAUGGAGUUCACCACGGCGUGGGAAGGGGCCAAGCUGGUCCUGCAGAAGGUGGGCGGCAAAGGCGGGUCUUCCCGGGAAUUGGUGGGUGCUCAGAUGCUAGUCACCGUGGAUGCUGACGGUACAAUCGCCAAGAGCUACUAUGAUAAGGCUUAGGUGUAUGCAAUAAAGACAAUCUAAUUGAUGCAGAUCCGAGCCCGGGCAAAAGAGGACGUGUCCUUAUAUACUGGAGACAAAGGAUUCAACAUAACGCUGAGACCGGUGCCAGUUGCAAAUCCGGUAGGUCAAAACUCGGCGUUAAGUAUCAAUGUUCACCACCUUUCCUCUAAAAUGUCCAUUUUUUGCCCGGCCUGUGCGGAUCUGAAAUUUCAGUAGUUUUGUAUUAGUUUGACUUAGAAGUAGCACCAGAUUAGAAGCCGCCAUGAGAGGCUCAUAAAAGAUUCUUCAUUUGAUGACGUAGUAAAUUAUGUUCCGAUAGCUUCAGUUAUAGACACUGUUAUGUUUGUUUGAGUACAAAAAAAUCAUGACUUGCUGAAAACCCAGACUAUUCGACCAAACUGUUGGUACAUAUCGCUUCAUUCAACUCAAAGCUACUUGCAACAGAAAAGAAGCCACUUUGACAUUAGUCAUGCGAAGUAGGAAUGCUUUCAUAGAUGUACUUUUUAAGGAGAUGGAUACCUCUGCGUAUAUCCAGUAUUCAGUCUUCAUUAAGAGACAGAUAUGUAAUAAUGAAAUGUUUGUUAUAUUACACUUUUAAACAAAAAGUGUUAUACCUUCCUCGAUGUUUGGAAAAAUCGAUCCAGAUAGAACUCAAUAAAUAAAAUUUUCAAAUGUAAUCGUUG